GAAAUCUAACCUAAAAAACCCGAAUCGGCCGUUGGUCUCAUGUGGUGGGGAUUAUUCCCGCCGGAGUUUUUCACCAUUUUCUCAACCAUUGAAGGCUAAUUUUCCAGAAUUUGUGUACCACAAAAAAGUACACAAUUUAGCAAAUUCUGUCUUCAUUUACGUGGAAGCAAUGCCGCCAAAACGAAGACGUUCCAAUUCGGUGCGGGAGUCCGAUACUGGCGCUGUGAAGCUUCCGAAGAAACUCAAGGUUGUAAUUGAGCACGACGUACCGGUCGGGUUGCAAAGGAGCGGCGUGGUGCUGGUAACGGGCGCAGGUGAUGUAGGCCAGCUCGGCAUGGGUAGUGACAUCCUGGAGAAGAGCAGGUUCUCGUUGGUAAACAUGGAGCACGAAAUCGUCGACGUGUGCGCCGGCGGAAUGCACACUGUGUGUCUGACGAAGACUGGCAAAGUUUUAACCUUUGGUUGCAAUGACGAGGGUGCUUUAGGUCGAAUUACGGCUGACAAGGAGGAUUCCGAGUUUACUGCUGACGAAGUUGAGCUGCCUGACAAAGUCGUGCAGGUGUCUGCCGGAGAUUCCCAUUCUGCUGCCUUACUGUGUGACGGACGCGUUUUCAUCUGGGGCACAUUUAGGGAUUCACACGGAAAUAUGGGCCUAACGCCCAACGGCAACGAGAACCGGCCAUACCAAAUCCUGGAGAAUCGCGUUAUCGUUAAAAUCGCGUCGGGCGCAGAUCAUUUUGUAUGUUUGACCGCGCAAGGAGAUAUCUACACCUGCGGCUGUGGCGAGCAGGGGCAGUUGGGCCGCACCAGCGAACGAAGCAGCGGUCGGACAGCGCGCAGCGGGGCCGGCGUCGACCAAUUAGGCAAACUGUUACACCCGGCGCUAAUAAGCCUAAAGCCGUCGUUGAAAUUGCACUUUGAAGACGUUUGGACCGGCACCUACGCUACUUUUGCUAAAGUCGCUAACAGCGACGAUAUUUACGUCUUCGGUCUGAACAACUACAACCAAAUUGGCCUGUCGCAAACCGCCAAACCGCAGUUCUCCGUUAAGUUGUCGAAGGACUUCUCGAGCCGCAAAUGGAAGUUAAUUUGCGGCGGGCAACAUCAUACGGUAGCUCUUGACGAGGACGGGGUCACGUACGCGAUCGGCAGGAAGGAGUAUGGACGUUUGGGACUGGGAAACGAGUGCAACGACGCCGAAGAACUUACCGCUAUUCCAGCUUUGCAGAACAAGAAAAUUAUCGACAUCGGUUGUGGAUCUGCCACUUCAUUCGCCGUGACAGAAGAAGGCGACUUAUACGGUUGGGGCAUGGGAACAGUGGGACAGUUAGGUACAGGCGAAGACGAAGACUGCUUCGCACCUACUCUAAUUAAAACUAAGCAACUGAUCGAUCGGCAAGUAUUUAAGGUCAGCAGCGGCGGACAACACACCGUAAUUUUAGCGACUGUUACGAAUAAUAAUAAAACAGAGAACAACGUGUCAUCAUGAUUUAUGUAUAAUUUAUUUUGUAACGUCUAAAUUGUUUAACAAUUGUACAAAAAUAUAUGCGUAAUUUUUUGAAA